AUGGCUGGGAUUAUCACCCUCCAGCGUUCGCUCAUCAAGAAGUUCCUUCCUGUCAUCAACAGACGUCUUGUUUCCACAUCAAAGAAGAACAAUGAUACAGUUACAGCUGAAGUGACAAGUACAGGGCCAGCUGAAGCCAAAAGUGCUAUUGAAAGAAAUUGGAUGAGCUAUGGGUACGAUUUCAACUCAAAAGAAGCUGAUAGAAAUGCCAUGCAUUCAAUUAUGUUUGCUUCUAUCACCCUGUGUAUAGCAGUUUUUGGUUUCUACUUGGCCUAUAUGCCUGAUUACAACUUGAGAGAUUGGUCUCAAAGAGAAGCUUUCCUAGAGCUUAGAAGAAGAGAAGCUCUUGGCCUGCCCCUUAUUGAUCCCAAUUUUAUCAACCCUGAUCAGAUCCAACUGCCUUCUGAUGAUGAAUUGGGUGAAACAGAAAUUAUUAUUUGA